AUGGCUGUUCGUGAGCAUUUUCAUAUUCUUAUCUUUUGCGCUCUCGAGUCCGAGUUCCGGGCGGCGUGUAGAGUUCUGGAGAACGGAACGAAUAGUAGUUUUCAACACGCACACAUGUGUGCUAUUAGUGGGCUACUAGUAUGUCGGGGUUGGAAUGGUACAGUUCUAACCGUCGCCAUGAUUUCACAGACGGAGCCUGGUGAGACAACGUGCUGUGGACGGCUAACAGAGCUGCAGAGGUAUUUCAGUGUCGACCUGGCGGUCAUGACCGGCAGCUGCGCGGGUGUUCUGGAUGUGGAGCUGGGGAUGGAGUACGGGUGUGUUGUUGUAGCAGAACGCACGGUGAUGGAGGAAGGAAUAGAAACCCCGGAUGGAAAAUUUCUUGCUCAUGGAAAUCCGGCAAAACUAGAUGAAAAUCUUAGUGUACUCAUUAAAUCCUCAUUAGGGAAGUUGGACGGCAGUAGGGACUGGCUGGAUGUUAUACCUCAUGAGGCACGGCUUGCUAGUCCUCAAUAUGCACAAGAAAUCAUCGUUAAUGAAGUUUUUAAGAGCAAAACUGGAUUAAAAAAGAAGGACUUAUUUGCAAUACUUGAAGGUAAAGACGGUGUGGCGAAUAUUAGUUGCAGAACUUGGGAUACCAUUUUGACACAAGUGGCAGACGUAGCAGGAUUGGUGAGUAUCUCAUGUGGAAUAGUCAGCUGCACGGAGGAGGCGACGGCAUACAAAAGAGAUGCAUACGAAUUUCCUCGGCGAGACGAAAUCAAAGUUGUCGUGGACUCGAUCGGUAGCGUCAGAACCCUAACAAAGCCACUGCCCAACACGAUAGCAACAUAUCGGAAACGGAUGGCAAACUGGAGAAUAAGAGGAAUCGACAUGGAGGCACAUCAGUUCAUGACUCGCAGCAAGGCCGCCUUUCCCGAUUGCCUACCUCUGGUCAUGAAAGGAAUCUCCGACUACGGAGAUAGGCUACAACACAGCUAUUACCAGGAGUAUGCAGCAUCGACACCGAUUGCAUUCCUUCGACAUCUACUCACACGGCAACCUUUUCUUGAAUUUCUAUCUAGACGGUUUCGUUGGGAGCAGAAUACAACAAGAGACCAAGAUAAGCAACUGAGUCAAGCCAGUCGUCUCUCGAAAUCUCAAAGUGACACACCACUACUUGCAUUUGGUGAAUCUGAUUCACAAGAGAUGGAACGAGUGAAGCCGAUUGCAACACUGGAGACAACUGUUGGUCGUAAAGGCGGACGCUACAGCUCAGGCAGCUUGUCUGUUUUUGUUCCUGAUGGUGCUGUUAGUGAACCAGUCAACAUAAAAAUUCAUUUGUAUGUUGACGAAAGACUAAUGCCACCAUCUACUAAAGCCAAUGAUGGAUACAUUCUAAGUCCUCUGUAUGCCUUUGAACCUCAUGGAUUAACAUUUUCCAAACACGUGCGAGUGUAUUUUCCUCCUCCAGUGGAUUCUAAAGGAUGGCAUUUGUCACUGAUGAGAGCUACGUGUGAUACUUCCACUUCGUCUCAAUUGUGGGAGCCACAAGCCGUAUUGACAUACAACUCUGAUUUGGACAGAUUGAAUGUGGAGGACCCAGACUGUAGGUAUGACCUUACCAGUGGGACUUUGAGUGUAAAACACUUCUGUUGGCACUGGUGGGUGGGAAAGCCUGUUGAUUUAUUUCUGGCUACAAAAACUAUCAUGUUUUUUGUGGUUGGUUACGGGCAAAGACCUUCAUCAAAUAUUUGGAAUCUCACUAUCCAUUGCCAUGAUAAUUGUCACGAGGUUAUUGAGAAAAUGAAACGCAAUGAGAGUAGUCUAUAUCCAAGACGUUAUUUCUUGUGUUCAAAUAAAGAAAUGAAAAUGAAAUUUGAAGGCAACAUUGAGUUUAGUAUCACACGUGGUGCUUGGAAGGCUACUUCACAGCUACAGUUUGGACAAGGAAUUUCAAUUCACUGUGGAGUUUGACAAUGAGCAUCGUUCAAACGAGUGUAUUGUGGAUGUCACACAAGGCGAUAAAAGAAUCUCUCUAGUAAUGUCUCCUCCUCUUGUCCAGGACAUCCAUCAUGACAGACUAUUAGAGACAGAUGAUUCAGCGGCACGUCCAUCUGUGCUCACAGUAUGAGGAAGCAUUGACCAUGACAACUAGUGGCUCAGUGGUUGUGCAUAAAAGUAAACCUAGUGAGUGCAACAUUAACAACUAUAACCCUCACAUAAUGCUAGCUUGGCAAGCUUCUUACAUAAUGAAAAUUGAUCAUGCUAUGGGAGAGCUGCUUAAACGUGUUGCUACUGCAACUAGAACUGAGGAGCUAAAGCUCAAAUGAAAAGAAAUGGUUCUGCAUUUCUGGACCAUAGGGAGAUCCGCUGCCAGCUGUUCGUGUUAAGCCCAGUGGGACGUUGACACGAGUAAAAUUCUAAGAGGAAGUCACUAAGGUCAUUAAAAACAAUGUGUCCGGCUCCUUCCUUGAUAUCGGACUCGCUCUUGGCUUAAAAUCGGACCAAAUAAGUCAACUGACCAAUCAUCAAUCCAGUGGAAGCGCUAGGCUUCAAGCCAUCAUCUCUGAAGUAGAAAAAUCUGAUGGCAAGAGACAGACGCUCAUCAGAGUUCUCUUGGUGUGCGCAGACUUGAAUCUCUUGGGCGGUAUUCGGGAUGACUUGCCCUACUAGCCUGGUGAUAUGAUAUGGCAAUGUUGUUGUGUGAUUUGUAGGGUAGCUUGAUAUUGUGCCGUGUCAGUAAAGGUUUAGCUAACUUGCUUUCAAAUUUCAAGUUUGUAUUCAUGCAUCUUUUUUGUUAUAGGUGCAAAGAAUUUGGUAAAAUUGAUUUAUAAUUUAAUUAAUUAA